ACAAAACUCAAAAACACCCACGUAAUCACUUCGUCUUCUCUCUUUUUCUUCCCACAAAAGUCAUACACAAAACAACCUCAAAUCCAAACAGAGACAUAAAAGGAAACAGUGAAAGUGUAAGAAGGAGAAGGAGAAGAGAAGAAAUCCAGUGGUUACGUUUUCCUUAUGUAAUGCAUCAAAAGAAAUCCGAACUCCAGAUCGGAAAAGAAAGCAGCGGCAUCUCUUCCGAUUUCAAACCCCUCCUCCUCCACCACCACCACCACCACCACCACUCCCACCCAGUCCACAACCUAACUCCCAACCACAACCUCGAAACCCUAACCUCUACCGCCCCCUACAAAAGACCCUCUCUCUCCAAAUCCCAAACCCUCCACAGAUUCCCAAAACCGCGCCACGCCACUGCUCCCUCGGUCACAACCGCCGGCGCAACCGCCACGUGGCUCUCCUCAGCCGUCUCCCUCCGACGGCGCCUACGUCAACGCGUGCGCCUCUUCCUCUUCCUCUCCCUCCCCUUCUUCUACUUCCUCGUCUCCCACCCUACGAACUCCUUCCUCCUCGAUUUCCUGUCGGCGUUUUUCUUCUCCGCCGCGCUCUUCUUCUCGCUCAACCUCGCCCUGCCCCGAAUCCCCUCCCUCCGCCUCUUUCUCAAGCCCAAGGCCCGGCCUGCGCUCAAGCUCCCCGUGUUCUGGGCCCGGCCCGCGAAGCCCGAGUUUCAAUUCUCCGUGGUUGCGUAUUCUAACGGCGACGUUUACGAGGGGGAGUUCAGGGGAGGAAAGUGCUGUGGGAGUGGGGUUUACUACUACAGCAUGAGUGGGAGGUAUGAGGGGGACUGGGUGGAGGGGAAGUACGAUGGCUUUGGGGUAGAGACGUGGGCCAGGGGGAGUAGGUACCGGGGGCAGUACCGCCAGGGGCUCCGCCACGGGUUCGGGGUCUAUCGGUUUUACACCGGCGAUGUUUAUGCCGGGGAGUGGGCCAGUGGGCAGGGCCAUGGCUGUGGGGUGCACGCAUGCGAGGAUGGGAGCAGGUACGUGGGGGAGUUCAAGUGGGGCGUUAAGCACGGCCUUGGACACUACCAUUUUAGAAAUGGGGAUGCAUAUGCUGGCGAAUACUUUGCGGAUAAGAUGCAUGGGUAUGGAGUAUAUAGUUUUGCAAAUGGUCAUUGUUACGAAGGAUCCUGGCAUGAUGGCAAAAGGCAAGGUCUUGGAAUGUAUACAUUUAGAAAUGGAGAAACCCAGUCUGGUAAUUGGCAAAAUGGAGUCCUUGACAUUCCCAGCACACAGAGUGCCACCUAUCCUGUUUCUCCUGUUGGUGUCAAUCAUUCUAGGGUACUAAAUGCAGUGCAGGAAGCAAGAAGAGCAGCUGAGAAGGCCUAUGAUGUGGCCAAGGUAGAUGAAAGAGUGAAUAGAGCAGUAGCAGCUGCUAACAGAGCAGCCAAUGCAGCCAGAGUAGCUUCUGUCAAGGCUGUGCAAAAUCAAAUGCAUCGUAAUGUUAACAGCAAGAGCAUCCCAAUCUCCAUUUUGUGAGGGUAUCAGCUGCAAUUUUUGUUACAGUAAAGAUGCACGAGAUUGUUGGAAGAGAUCGAUAUUUUAAAUUGCACCAUUUACACUGCCAUCGUCACCACAGGCUGAGCAAGCAGAUUUAUUGUCCUCUGCCUUAAGGCUUGUAUAGAGGGAAAAAUGGUGAUGGCUUCCACUUGGUAAAUUUCUACACACACACACACACACACACACACACACACACACACACACACACACACACACACACACACACACACACACAC